UCUUAUAAAAUUUUCAUUUUUCACGUUUCUUUUAUGGUUUGUAAUGAGAAAGGUACUGAUUUCAAGUACAAAGACACAUUCAAGUACACAUAUUUAUACUAAAAUGUAGUGAAUAAAUAUACAAUUAUGUAUACUUUAAUGCUCUAUCCGAGGAUCAGUUACCUGUCUGAGGCAAACUGGUCUAUCCAAGAGUAUUGUUUGUAAUUUGACUGUUGUUAUUUGAGGUAAAUUAAUGGUAUCCCACGUAACAAACAAAUUGCUUAACUCUAAUAAUUUAAAUAUCCAGGUUAAAACUACCAAACAAAUAUGGUAGGAGAUGGAGGGGAUAAUAGGAGUAACCGACUUGAGAGGGCUGCCAGUUUGACAAAAUCAUAGGUACAACAUUGGCCCUACACGAAAGAUAAAUUGUUUAUAAUUUAACACUUUUCAAUUGAGGUGAACGAAUGAAAACUUAAUUAACGUAGUUGCUGACUAUUGAAUCUACCCAAGGCCAACCAUUCUAACCGAGAGCAUUGUUUAUAAUUUAAGUGUCAUUUUUGAGGUAAACUACUGAAGACUCACCUAACCUUCUAACUAUAGGACAUACCUGAGGGCAGACCACCUACUGCCAUAACUUCCAUUUCAGCUUUCCUCACGUUGAAUGAUGCUUUUAUUACAUUAUUAUCCUAUCUACUAUAGAAAGAGUCAUCAACAGUUUUUGGCACAAAAAUAGGUGUCUCAAAAUUGAAUAAAUACCUUUAUUUAGUAAGAGUUAUGAUGUACAAUGCGUUUGGCAGUGAAAUCACAGUUCACAAGAUUAGUCCUCCAGAUGGAAAUGCUGUUGACUUCCACGGGCUUGAUGUGGUUCUAAAGAAGCAGUACUGUGAUGAAACAAGCAUGAUUUCACAAAAUUUGUUUGAACCAGAGGUCGAAAUCACAGUGAAAGAGGACUGGUGUCCGGCGGUCAGCCCUCAAGAUGAUGUCCUCGCCGAGUACAUGGCCAGUAGAGAGAUCCUAGGACUGCCUACCACUGCCAUAGAUUUGCUAAAUCCCUCUCAGCUGAUUGGGAACUUUCCUGUAGACGUGAAGUCUAUCGUCAGAAGGACAAGAGGUCCUCGAGCUGUCCGAUAUAUCAAGGAUGAAAACGGUGUGAAAUUCUACCUUUGUGAAUACUGCGAGUACAAAUGUCGGAGUCCUGGCAACUUGGCGAAGCAUGUUCGCAGGCAUACAGGAGAGAAACCGUACCUUUGUCCUUACUGUGACUAUAAAGCGGCGGAUCGGGGCAGCAUAAAGAGUCAUGUGCGGCGGCACACAGGUGAGCGACCCUACAAGUGUACCUACUGCGACUACCGCAGUCCCUACACCAGCACUCUUCGGGCUCAUAUGAGGAAACAUACUGGAGAGAAACCCUAUUUCUGCACCAAAUGUGACUACAGGUGUUCCCAGAAGGGUGACUUGGGGAUCCAUAUGCGUAAGCAUUCAGGACACAAGCCGUACCCGUGCACAUUGUGUAAUCAGAGGUUCACGGUGAGUAGUGCACUGGUCAACCAUAUGCGCACCCACACCAAGGAGAAGCCAUUCAAGUGUAUCAUCUGUGGUGACACGUUCUCACAGUCAGGUAACCUCAAGUCUCACCUCUUCAGUCACACCAAGGCCAAGCAGUUUAACUGUGAGCACUGCAGCUACGGCACUAAUCGCAAGAAAUUGUUGGUUAACCAUGUCGCUAAGCACGAACAAGCCAAAUCGGACAAGCAAGAAUCCUCCGAUGUUGAUCCUGAUGACUAAUAUCUUCACGUAGUAUAAGUACCACUCCACUCAGGUUGUACCGUACAGUUCAAUGCCACAAGUUUUCCAUUGUUAACAUAGAGCGUUGACAAGAGAGUUAAACUGACUUUCUCAUUGGUCUAGUAGAACAACAAUAGUUUUUAGUUCUACACGUUAGUUACUUUUCUAAUGUUAUAUUACUGUGCAAACAGUAGAAAUAUGAACAGGAUUGCUUUUAUUUCCGAAAGCAUGUGAAGUAUUUUAUUUCAUGAUCAUUAAAAUGACAAAUAUAUGUACAGAGUGGGUCACAGUAAAGUUGAUUUUGUGGAUUAAACAAAAACUUUUGUUUCUAUAAAUAAAGAAUAGGGUUUAGCUAAAACUUUUUGAAAUUAUAACAUCUUUUGGUGGGAGUGGGGGAGGAGCAAAUAGUAUCACUGAGGUGUUAAUGUCAUUUUCUUAGUGUACUUCUUUUUAAUUUUUGUUCACUAGCGGAUCGUGAAAUCAGAGGAAUCUCUAACACACAACUUGCUACCAAGUGGCACAAUUUCUAGUAUUGGUCUGAAUAGUGUUGUUAGCUUGUCUGAGCUCCAAGAGUGAAUGUGUUAAAUCUGUAGUACAUGCACAGCCUCCUAAGAGACAGGAAAUUCAGAACGGAUAAAACUAAGGGAUUGGGGCCACCUCCUGCCGAGAUCUAUGGUAUAGCCACCAUGAGAACUACUAUAAAGGUACAGGGUGGCGCAUAAAGAACACAUGGAUUU